UCUAAUGGAAGGUUUUACAGUGGCAGCUGAGGUGACUUCUGGAACUGGAAUAGCAGUGUGUGCUGCAGAUCAGGAUUGAGGUGCACUGACUGAGCUGGGUGUGUGACAUAGGACUUGAAUAGCAGGCGGUGCUGCUAGUCAGGAAUCGGAAAUGAGAUGCAUUGGAAGAGGUUUGUGAAUAUCUGAAAUAGCUGUAUUGAGAUGAAGAGCUGUGGUAGGUCAGGUCUGAGGGGCAUUGACAGAGCUGUGUGUGAACUAGGACUGCAAUAGCAGAGGGGCUGCAGGGUAGGUCUGAGGUGAAGUGGCAGGUUUAUAUGUGAAGAAAGCUUGCACUGCCUCUGUCUAUAUGGCCAGCCUACCCAAUGUUAUCAGUUUUGUCUCCCUCUCUGAGUCACUAAUUCACCCACAAAGGGAGGGAAAAAAAGUAGAAUAAAUAUUUGGAAAAAUCUCUGCAUAUUGUCCUUCAGGAUCUGUUCUGCCUGAGAAAGGUUCCCUGGUGUCUGGAGCCUUUAGCUUUUGGGAUUUUUUUGGUACAGAUUCUUUAUUCUGUGCACCAAUUCUUUCUGAAAAAUAUGACAGAAGUGUGUGACUUUUGGUGUUUUCUUGUUCCCCAGUUUCUCUUUUUCAUUCUUUCUCUGUGCCUCUGUUGAUCUGUGUUUGUGUCUGUCUUUUUUUCUCUUUCUUGCUUACUAUGUUCUGAGGUCCCCGCCCCAGGACUCUCUCUGGCCUUUGCUUUCAAAGCUGCAGGGGGUAUUUGUAUGUGGAAGAGCCAGGCAGACCCGUUUUACCAGUGUGUGUGUACCAGUCAGCCAAAGUGUUAGAAAUACAAUCACAUGAUCUCCCUGGGGAGACAGCUGAGAAGACUUUGAGGAGCAAAGAAGGGAAGUUGGGCAGGUCCAGGGUACGAAAAUCACCAGGAAGGAACUAGUCCCGGGAAACACACAACAUAGCCGUCAGCACUGUUGUGAGAUGCCUAGGAAAGAAGCAGCAGAUUGGAGCUUCAGGAAAAAGGCUACAGUGUCAGUAGAAGGGGUUUAACUCAGUGGAAAUUCCAGCAGUGAAGGACAUGCUCACACCGAGCUGAUCAUGGCAGGGGACAUAAGGAGACUCAGACGCAUGCUACUGGAAUGCAACAGCAGUGACAAGUUAUGUGUUGUGCGUGAGUACCAGACUGAAGUGAUCAUCAUCCCUGUCUUCCUAGUGGGUGUCUUUGUCAUCCUGUUAGGUGUGAUCCUUUGGCUCCGCUAUCGGAGCUGGAGGUCGAAGCAACAGCAACUGCCCAGGCGCCAAGCUGUUGCCCCAUUGCCAGCAAAGGACAAGAACCAGAAGGAACACAGUGAGUCAGAGAACACCUACAUCCAGCUGAGUGAGACAACUGUGGAGAGUCUACUAAGAUCUGCAGCCUUGACUCUGAAGGAACUGGAAAUACCACAAGACAGACUUAUACCAGGGUCCUUGGAGCUGAUACACAAUGGCAGUUUUGGGGGAAUCUACAGAGCGGAAUUGGAGACUGGGAACCCUGGGAAGACUAAGACAGUCAUCCUGAAAGCCUUACAGGACACUGCUGGACCCAGUGAGGUGAAGGAUUUCCUGGGAAGGAUUAAGUUCCAUCAGUCCCUUGGUCAUCAUGAUAACAUGGUUGAACUGAUAGGAUGUUGUGUAGUCCAGCUGCCCCUUUAUAUGAUCCUGGAGGAUGUGUCCCAUGGGGUCCUCCUGAACUUCUUGUGGACCUGCCGCAGGGAUGUAAUGACCAUGGAUGGUAUCCCGUAUGACCUCACGGAGAGGCAGGUAUAUAAAGUCGGGCAGCAGGUUGCAGCUGCCUUGGAGUUUCUCCAGCAGAAGAAGCUGUUCCAUGGGGAUGUGGCAGCGAGAAAUGUCCUGAUCCAGUCUGACUUCACAGCCAAGCUCUGUGGGCUGGGCCUGGCCUAUGAAACCCACACCUAUGGCACCAGCUGUGUCACACAGAUUGUGCCACUCAAGUGGCAGGCACCAGAGCGACUAUUAAUGAAACCUCCCAGCAUCAAGUCAGACAUAUGGUCCUUUGGAAUCUUACUCUAUGAGAUGAUCACAUUAGGGGCUCCACCAUUUCCUGAGGUGCCACCUUCUGAUAUCCUACAACACCUUCAGAGAUGGAAGGUCAUGAAGAGGCCCUCCACCUGCCAGCCAGCUAUGUAUGGUAUCAUGAAGUACUGCUGGCGGUGGAGUGCGACGAACCGGCCGUCACCCGCAGAGCUGAUCAAGCGCCUGCAAACAGCAGCCAAGAGCAGCAAUGACCAAGUGGUGCUCCAGGUGCCUGAGCUGGUGGUGCCUGAACUAUAUGCUGAUGUGGCUGGCGUUGAUUUGGGGAGUCUCACCAGGGACUACACUGUGCUCUGAAGCAUGCCUCUGUGUACUGGGAAGGCCUGGAUCUCUGACUUUGCCCCUCUUUGGGGAUACAAGGGGCUGACCCCUCUGGAACUCAGAAUGAAGUGUGUAUUGGGAGGGGUUCCUCUAAU